GAAUAGGUAUGAAGCAGAAAGAAAAGUAGGGAAUGUUUGAAACAAGCCUUGUGAAAAAACAGGGAAUAAAAAUGCCAACACAUGAAAAUAAAGUAAAAUUUCCAGACAUUAUGGAUGCUUCGCAGGGGAGGCAGGUGAUUUUGGAUUUAUAGUGGUACCAAAAUAUGUGUGCUCUUCUCAGUAGUUAUCAUAAGACCAGCAGUAUCUAGCGUAGCAGAUGAACAGGGUCUUUCAGAUUUGAAGUUUUAUAAGGCAGAUACGACAAGUGUUAAAGAAUUCUGGAUUAUUCCAAGGGAAUUAUUGAGAUCAUAGACCAUGGAAUCCAGGAGUGAUAGGGAUAGGGGAGAAAGUAAGGUGAAGAUACGGUGAUCUGGCAUCACUUCCGAUCUUGAGGGACAGGGCAAAAGGAAAAGAAGUAUGAUGGUCAAGACUUCACAGAGGAAGCAACAUGAUUGUGGAAACCAAUCCAAACUGAAGUCUCGCUUAAGUGUCUCAAUCCCUUUGAGGAUGUCCAGCUAUGUAUUUAAGACGCCAGUUACCAGAAUCACAGCCCAUCCUGGCAACGAGGUCAGAUGCCAUCACUGGGAGGGAACCUUGGACAAGCCCCAACAGGUGUGCUGGCAAAAGAGACUGCAAGGUCUCCAGGCCUGCAGCAGCACAGGGGAACCAUUAAACACUUUGGACCUUGCCAAAGCCUUGCAAAAACUCGCACCUCAGUGCACAGGUGGCUAUCUGCCAGGUGUUCUUGCAGGUGGCCCGAACUCAAGCCCCAUGCCCAUCCUUGCCAGCUCUUCGGAUUUGGCCAAGAUGAUUCCAGAAGCUGGUCUGGGUAUCCCGCAGCUCAUGUGCAAACAAUUUCUGGUGACUGAGGAGGAUAUCAAGAAACAAGAAAAGAAAGUGAAGACGGCAAGAGAAAGGCUGGCUACAGCACUGGCUAUAGACAGACUCGCUAGCGAGGCAGAAAAAGUGAGGGGCCAAGAAGGACAUCUCGAAAAACACCACGAAUAAAAGGAGAGCCCUGUGCAGAUGGAAUGCAGCACAGCACUUUAUUAAUGUCUCUUUGCAGUGUCCAUUGUGUCUUCGUGGUCUGAGCCCCUGAAACUUAAGUAUGUACCAAUACUUUCCUUGUAUUAAAUUGUAUUGUGUGACACAA